AUGGGACGUAAACUCAAAGGCAAGAACGUAGGGGCCAAGGGCCUCAAGGGUGCCCUUGCCCGUCAUUCGCUCAAAGAAGAACAGCUGAGAAAGUUGUCCCAAUUGUCCAAGGCUCAGCAGGAAUCGAAGACAUUGAAGCAGAAGUCAAUGAGUGGAGGGAACAAGAAAAAGACUCACGUCCAGCACAACCAGAAGGGAUUGGUUCCCUUCACCUACGAUGACAGAAUAAUUUUGGUGGGUGAGGGCGACUUUUCCUAUGCAUUAUCUAUCGUGAAACAAGGCUUGAUCUAUCCUGAAAACGUGAUAGCCACCAGUUACGACUCCAAGGAGGAGCUAGUGGCUAAAUAUCCAAACGUCGAGGAGCAUCUCCGUGCGUUGGAAGAGGCUGGCUGCCAGAUCCUCCACGAAGUGGAUGCUACCAACCUUGAAACCAGCUUGAAGUUGGUUUCUCCCACCAAAAAGACCAAAGUAAUCAAGACCUCCUUGUUCAAAGACAACAACAAACUCAACUACAUCAUGUUCAACUUCCCCCAUAGCGGAAAGGGUAUCAAGGAUAUGGAGAGAAAUAUUGUGGACCACCAGAAAUUAAUAGACGGAUAUUUCAACAGUUGUAAACGGGUUUUCGAAAUUGUUAAUGAUCUGAAGAAGAACGACCUAGGAGGCUAUAUCACCGCUGAGGAGCCUGCCCACAGUAAGAUUGUGUUGACAUUAUUUGAAGGUGAGCCUUACAACUCAUGGAAUAUCAAAAUUCUAGGCAGGGGAGUAGGAUACAGAGUACAGAGAUCGGGAAAAUUCGACUGGGGAAUGUUCCCUGAAUACCAUCACAGAAGAACCAAUAGUACCAGAGAUACAACCAAGCCUGCCAGUGAGAGGGAUGCUAGAGUAUACGUGUUCGAAAAGUUGGAACCAAGGGAAAAAGGAAAGAAAAAGGAUACGGACGAUGAUUCAGACUAG